AUGUGGAAGGAUUACUUCCGGGGUCUCGUACGCGACCAAGUGACUGAACACUCGCGGCUCCUGAAAGCCGAGUACACGGGCUGCUUUCUAACUGUUGCCGAGUCCCGCUGCCCGUCGUACGUGGGCGCCAGAGGCAUCGUCGUCCAGGAAACCAAGAACGUGUUUCGCCUGAUCACCGAGCAGAGCGUGGUGCGUACGGUGCCCAAGGCGCACACUGCGUUUGCCUUCGAGCUUGACGGGAGGAUCUACAAGAUCUACGGCAGCCACUUUCGUGUCCACAGCUUCGAGAGAAUGAAGGCAAAGUUCAAGGCGCGCGGUGUUAUCGGCCUAUGA